AUGAAGUUCUCCCAAACCAAUAGUUUUUUUUAUGUCAUGAAAGACAACCCACAGGUGAAUUUCUGUGAGAAAAUGUGGCAAAAAUGUACUUCUGGAAACCUUGGGUUUAAUCAGCAGAUGGGUAACUGGCGUGUAGCCCAAGGCAAAAUGAAGCUGACAAGAUCAUAUCAGAUGAGCUAUCAGAGCAAUAUCCUGGCCAAAUCUGGGAGACUGGAUGGUAGAACAGAAUUUGCAGUGUUUCAAAAGAAAAGGGUGCUCACUGAGAGUUACGGGAGAGAGAAGAACUGGAAAGGCAUGUCUUUCACAGGACAAAAUCACCAAGUCAGAGAAGAAAACCCUAGGAAUGAUUUUUGGCACACAGGUAAAAUUGGCAAGUGGGAAUGUGACCUAGGAAUGAGGAAUGAGAUCCUGAUGUGCCAUGGUAAGAGGAACGGUGGAAGAGGUUGGGGAGGUCAGAUGAAAAGAGGCAAAGGAGGACAUGGCCCCCGUGGAAGACCGUAUUCGAGAAAAUGGUCCACUGGUCCCAGAAUGACAUUGGAUGAACUCGAUAAGAAACUCGCUGCCUAUACCAUAAACACAGACGACCAACCAGAUACUGAUAUAAAUGUCGGCAUCUCCAGAAUUGAAGGCAAUUUAAUUGAAAACAUGGAGAUUGAUAUGCCCAUUGUUGAAAGUUCUCCUGAGGCUGAGAUGUAA